GACAACAGAGAAUAUCAAAGCUCAGUUGUGACCAAACAGUGUUUUAUGUUGAAUGGGAGGCAUGUUUAACAGUUGGUAACAGCAGCUAUAUGGAUGGGAAUGAAGAAACCUGUUGGUCAUUUUAACAUAAUUUAUUGCAGAUACCAGGCACUGCCAACAAGCCGAGAGUCAAAUUAGACACCAAUGGAGCGAGUGGUCAGCAAAAAUGCACACCCACAACAUCGCCAUCAUGAACUCUUCCUGCGCUCUCGACCCUACAGGGGGGAACUGCCGACUGUAGCAGGACUGCUUCUCUACCCUGACACUCCUGCUAAAAUGGAAACAACAGCACAAGAAGCUUUCAGCUUCAGGCCCAUCCCUCGGCAAGAUGCUUUCACAGGGGAGCAGAAACUCCACAGCCCACAGCAGCUCACAUCCUCCAGAAAAACAGGCAGAAACAGCCGCACGGACGAGGAACCGCAGAUGUGCGAGCAGGAAGGCACAGACAAUCACACACACCACGACAACAGGGGAAACGCAGACCUGCAGUCUCAGUAUCAAAAGGAUUUCACUCCUCCAUCCCAGUGCAGGAGGAGAACACCUGCACUCCCACAGCCAGACAACAUCGGCAUCAACCCUGCCUUCAGGAUCGAGUUCAGGACAGUCCAAAGAGAGACUUACCCGAGUUGGCCCGUCAUGACCCGCAGGCUUCCUGGCACACGAAGAGCUGCCACUUCUGGUCAACGCAAGUUCUGAAUCAUCUGGCACGUGCACUUGAUAACACCUACCUACUGAACUUUGAAAUAAGUCAUUUCUACAUAUUUUACUAUCAUACGAGUACAUUAAAAGUAGUGUCGUUGUGGUAGAAUUGGACAACAAAUGCAAUCACUCCAUAUCUUUAUCAUCACAUAGGACUUGGUAAACAGGAUUUAUGAAAAACCAGUAAAAUCAUGUUUUUCAAAGUGUGCCUGAAAUUUAUCAUCAGCAUCACAACCAAUAGAAUAAACAUAUUUUACUAUCUGACCAGACUUCCACAGAGCCAGUCUGCCAUCUAUGUGAUUUGCACAGUACACCCAGUGGACACUCCCAGACUGCUCUAGAAGACAUGACCAAGCAGUCUCCGAGAGUCAGGGAGACAUCAUCUCACCUGGCAGAGGGGAAGUGAUCAGCAGAUGCUCCUUAACAGUUAAAACAACAAGCACCAAAAUAGUUUCUCAAGCUGUUUUCACAUCAUCACUGUCAAACACAUUUCAUGCUCAUCUCCUCCAGCACCUCAUCAAGGCGACGGCUUUAUGCUGAGGAAUGGAACGUUCACAGCAUCCAAAGAUGAAGUGUGAUGCUGCACUGCAGUUACUCUGCAGUCACUAAUGAGUGCAGAGUUGGGCAGCGAGUGUGCUCACAACAGACAAGUUCAGAAACGUGUGGGAAUUUCCAUAGUUGUGCAACAACAAAUUAACUUGCUUUCAAGACCAAAGUAAAAUAAACAAAAUUUAUUUAGGAAAAUUAGGAGCAGGUAUGGCUCUCAGAGAGACAGUUUCUCCGAAGAAAUAUAAUGAAUCAGAGAGGUACAAAACUUAUUUUAUGAUUGUUUUACAACAAUUACAACCUAAAAUGCAAAUAACACCUACACACCCCAUAGAAAGGGUUUUGCAUGAAUUUAACCACAAAAAGAGAAAGUGACAGAUAUUCAAAGAUACGCAGUCAGUGGAUUCCAUGAGUGGGCUAUCAUUGACACAUAAAUUUAGUAAAUCAGAGAAAUAACCAGCUAUUUUCUCUUUAACAGUGUACAUAACUUGAAUCAUGGCUUGACCCAAUGAGCCAAAACUUGGCUCACUGGGUCAAUUGCACUAAACCAUUUACUCUUGAAUGUUGCACAAAACAGUGAAUGUUGCACACUGAUGCACUAUUAUGUACAUAGGCCAUUACACACAAGUAUAUUUUAUAUUUCCCCUCUUAUAAUGUAGAUUUCUAUUCUAGUACAUUGCUUUGUUAUAUUCUAUUGC